AAGUAGCAGAAGCGCAUGCGCGAGAUUAGAGCGAACCAAAACAAUGAACCCUGACACGGUGGCGAGUAGGCAGCUUGCUUUUCGAGUUGUCUGUGCGCUCAUUUGCAGCGGAAAACAGAAACCAAUACAGAUACAGAAACAAAAACAGAAAAAGAAGCGAAUAUGGAAGAGAGAAUGUCCGGGACGUCGCGAGCUGCCUGGGUCGUCUGUUCUUCAGAGAGAGUUGGAGAUGACCGAUGAGAAUGGGUUCGGGGAGCUGCUGCGGAUGACAGCGGAGGAGUUUGAGUUUCUGCUGCAGAUGGUUGGGCCCCUCAUUACCAAGCAGCACACAAAAAUGAGACGGGCGAUAUCCUCAAGAGAUCGCCUAUCUGUGACCUUGCGGUUUUUGGCAACAGGAAAAACAUUUAGUUCCCUCAGUGCGCAAUACAGUAUUGGGGCCAGCACUAUUUCACAGAUAGUCAUGGAGACCUGUGGCGCUCUGUACCAGCUUAUGAAAAAAGACUUCCUGAAGACACCAUCAACAGAGACAGAAUGGCGUGCAGUAGCCCAGGACUUUGAAUCGAAAUGGCAAUUUCCACAUUGCUUGGGUGCGCUUGGUGAAAAACAAAUUUACUUACAGUCUCCGGUAAAAAGUGGCUGCCAUGAUCAUAAUAACAAGGGCAGAUCAUAUGUGACAAUAAUGGCUGCCGUGGAUGCAAAUUACAAGUUCAUCUAUGGCAGUUUGGAAACCCAAGAUAAGGUCUCUGGUGCUGGACGAUUCGCUCACUCCAAUUUGUGUAAAGCGAUGGAUCAGGGUCUGCUGAAUUUUCCUCCACCUGAACCAUUGCCAGACAGUGACAUCAUGAUGCCAUACAUGUUUGUGGGCGAUGAGCGGCAUCCUUUACGGCCGGAUCUCAUGAAGCCAUAUCCAAAUAAACAGAUGGACCACAGUCAGGGGAUACUGAACUAUCGUCUUUCAAGGGCACGCAGAGUUGCAGAAAAUGCAUUCAGCAUUCUAGCAAACAGGUUAAAGGUUUUCAGGAGCACCAUAUUCUUGGAGCCGGACAAAGUGGAGAAGAUCACCAUGGCCUCUAUAUGCAUCCAUAACUUCCUCUGUGAGCGCAGGUCUGAGGCAUAUAUACCUCAACCCUUCGCAUGUUUGAAGAAUGAAGACCACAGCAUAGUUGAGGGAACCUGGAGGAAUCAAGGGCAUGGGUCUUGUCAGCCACUCAAGCAAAGAGGGGAACACAAGUUAGUUACGCCAGAAAUGCAACGAAACCUUCUGCGCGACUAUUUUGUCUCGCCGGCAGGUUGCAUUGCUUCACAAGAUGAACACGUUUAGCAUUGUGGGAAUGUUGGACUAGUAUUUUGUAGUGGAGAACAUUGCAUUGCUAAGAGUUUAAUGUACAUACUAUUUAAAAAGCGAUAUAAAUGUGCUGUAAGGUCAACAUUGCUUAUGCCUUUUACAAAAGUAAAAUAAAAUCAAACUUGUUUACAUAAA